AGAAAUGCACAGGACUUUAAAGUAAACCCAUAUUCGUUAUGGCAUAGAUAUCAGAUUGAUUUCAGGAAGGCACAUAAGUCUCAUUUCGAAGGUUGCCCCUUUCGGUCGCAUGUCAGCAGCUUAUUUAUUAUUAUGGAAUGCAAUGGUUACUUUUCUGAAAUGAGGCAGCCUCGGCGACGUAGGCGACCGAUGAGCGACCUCUGGAGGGCGCAGCCUUCGAAACGAAACCGAAAUUGUUACUCAUCUCGACAAAAGUUGGAAUAGCCUACUAGAAUAGAGCGGUACUUCCCGGUACUACGUUUUAUCUAGCUGAAACAUUAAUUGAAACAGUAACAACAACUAUAGGCUAUAGAUUGCGUUUAUUUUACUGAUAUGGCUUGCGAAGUCUCGCAGGAUGACCAGAUUGGAGAAGCACUCUUAAUCGGGGUGGUAAGAGAUGAGGUGAUGAAGGUAGCAGCCGAGGUACAUGCAGCCCCACCGGGCCUUCCUGAAGCUCGUCCAGUAAGCAACAGCCAGGACCAGAAGCUUGUUGAACAGCUGGCGGAGACCAUCAAAGCGAUCGGUGAUAGACUCGAACAAGAUAAAGCAUUCAAUGACAUGAUUGAUGGCUUAGUAAAAGUGGCUGAUAAGAAAAGUUUCUGGGAACUUGUGGAAAAGGUUUUCACAGAUGACCAGAUCAACUGGGGGAGAAUUAUAGUACUGUUCUAUUCAAUUGGAAAGCUGUCUGCAAAGAUGGUCCUUGCAUGCUUACCCACAAUUGUUUCAGACAUUUUGACCUUAAGUCUGGAUUUCUUCAGGAGGACUUUGUUGGAAUGGAUACGCAAAAUGGGAGGAUGGAUGCACAGUAUCCCUGCGCUGGCCUGUUUCUCCUUUGAGCAGUUUUCUGGUUCUUCACUUAGUAAAUAUUUUUCUUAUUUUGGAGUCAUAUUGGGCUUCACUGGUGGCCUACUGCUAGGUGGCUUCAUCGUCUCGAAAUUUCCAAGAAAAAGCUAAGAGGAAGAAAAUGAAAAUGUUGCAACAAAAGUGUCCAUAAUGUUAAGCAAAACUUGAGCAAAACCUUGUACUGUAUAUUACAUCUGGAUUUUGUAAUUUGCCCCCCUUUUUAUUUGAAUAUGCCUUUAUUUUAUAUGUAUUUAUACUGUUUUGUUGAAAACAUAUUGUAUAUGGUCAUAUUGAUUUGAAGAAGGGUACAUGUUUAUUCAGGACCAGGGCAUAUUGUUGUGAUAAAUCUGAGCAUAACGUUUUUAUUGAUAAUUGACACAUGUACACAUUUAAAUAUAAUUUAAUAAUAAUACGUGAUCAUUUGUAUGUCAAAACUUUGUUUAUAUAUAUAUAUAUAUAUAUAUAUAUAUAUAUAUAUAUAUAUAUAUAUAUAUACACACACACACACACACACACACACACACACAUACAUACAUAGACAGAUGCAUGAACAUAUAUUAUGGUGCAUUUAUAUAGUGCAUUUUUAUGCCUAACGGUUCUGUAAUAAAAUUAUAGGCAUUUGUACAGAUUUUUAUUUAUUUAUUUUUUGAGAGAGAGAGAGAGAGAGUGUGAGAAAUAGUCUUUUUCUGAGCUACAUUAUAGUUUGAGAAUGGCUGCUCAUAAAUCUAGAUUUGUUUUGGGUGGAGAAAUGCAAGGGAAUUAAGCAAACCAAUCUCGUUUGUUUCGCUUUUAUUUUCCCUUUAAGCCUUGUAGGCUACGCUAGCAGCGAAGAUGCGGAACUGACAACAGUUUUAUUUUAUUUUAUCUGAUUUGGACCGCAAUAUUUAUUAAACCUGUUAGGUCUGCGAUAUAUCCAUACGAUGGCUCUGACGUAAAGGCAGAGUCCACAUACAGUUUCAGUGUGGUUUGUGAAGUGGCCAUCAAAUCAAUAGGACCGGAGAAAGAAGAAAAAAGCGCUCAUGGAAUUAUUAGAUUACCAGUUUUCAGAGAAACUUGUACUUCGGUCAGUGAUGGACCAGGUACAGAGAGCAGGAACAUGUGCACAUGUGUCUGUUCCUGAACCGCAGCAAAUGAGCGCUGAGCGGGAGCAGCUCCUGGACCAGAUGGCCGACGUUAUCAGAGUCAUCGGCGACUCUCUCGAUCGAGAGCCCAGAUUCAACGAGAAGUCGAUGGCUAACGUCCAUUGUUUGGUUACCAACAUUAUUAAAAUCAUAUUUUGUGCUCAACAGUAAAAAAACAAUGAACAUGGUUGAUGGGUUUGCACGUGUGGUAGAUAGACGGAGUUUCCAGAUGCUUGUAGACAAAGUGUUUGUUGAUGACAUCACCUGGGGGAAAAUUGUUACUCUGAUCUGUGUUAUUGGGAAAUCCAUUGCAAAGAUUCUUGCUGAUUUUGUCUCAGGCGUUGUGUCUUGGACACUGGAUUACUUCAGGGAUAACCUACAGAACUGGAUCUGCAGUAGGGGAGGAUGGAUCAACAGUAUCUCUUCCUUGGCUCAUUACUCCUUUGAGCAAGAUUUUGGUUCCUCGUCCAGUCUGAACUCACUCUCCUGUGGAGUCUUCUUCAUCAGUGGAGUACUGCUGGGUGGCCUCAUCGUCUGGAGACUAAACAGAUGACUGAUGCAGUGCCAAAAGGAAAAAUGCUGGGAUUUACACAUGCAAUUGAAUGGACCUAAAAUAAAGAUGUUUUGACAGAGUAAGAGAAGACUGCUUGCCAAUAUUAUGCAUAGUAAGAAAGUAUAAAACAUUGUAUAAUGAAAAAUGUAUGAUCAGACAGAAAUUAGAAUGUGAAUGUUUUUUUUUGGCAUGUAUCAGUCCAUGUGAGUGAGGAGGGAUAAAAUACAUGCAAAAAGGGGAGUAUAGCAAUAACUGGCAGGACUUGAAAUGUCAUAGGUGCUGUGCCAAGACUAUUCACUGUAAUAGUUACUAACCACUACCUCGUCUAUAAAAAUUUUUAGUAUAAAUGUAUAAAUAACCUUGAAACCAUAGACUGAAUGACAAUGCACUAACAAUACGAUGUACAAAAAUGUUAUUGUUACAUUUGAAAUGUAAUUGUUUCAGCUUUUCCAAUAAUGUAGAUUAUGAAACACCAAUUCAAAAGGCCUACAUUAAAUAAAGUCCUUCCCGAAAACCC